GGGUGGAACAGCCUCAAUCAAUAUGUUCGGUCGUGUUUGAGGGAGUGCAAUAUUCCGGUUGAUGUGGGACCAUGCAGCCGCCUCCGAGAAAAGGCAACUAUGCAAAGUUCCUUAAGAAUCUGCAUACAGAGCAGCUUGCUAAGCUUCAACUUAAAAACCAAAAUGAAUGUGAACUUCUUGAAGAUAUUAGGAAUUUUAUAAUCAAACGCUCACAAAUAGAAAAAUCUUACUCCGAGGCACUUCUGAAGAUUUCUUCAGCGUUCUUAAACAAGAAAAUACCCAAUAUUCCUGAUAUAAAGACAGAAGGGUCAGAAGAAAAAUGGAACAUGUGGAAUGUUUGGCGAACUGUGCUGGAAGAAAACGAGAAGCUCGCACGAGCUCGUCUAGCCGCUGUCGAGGUCUUCUCUCAGCACGUGGCAGACGAUGCAAAGAUCCUGAGAAAUCACAAAAUCAUCAGUGCUAAAAAGACCGUAGAUCAGUUGGCAACCGUACAGAAAGAGCUGCAAGCAUGUGUCCUAGAUAUUGAUAAAACAAAAAAGCUCUACUUUGAUGAAGAACACAGUGCUCAUGAUGUACGGGAUAAAGCAAAGGAUAUUGAAGAAAAGUUGAAGAAGAAGAAAGGUUCAUUUUUCCAAUCGAUAACUUCACUUCAAAAAAACAGUGCAAAGGUAACAUCUAAAAGAGAUCAACUGGAAGAAAAGUCUUCAGGAGCUAGGAAUGACUAUUUGCUAAGUCUAGCAGCAGCAAACGCUCACUCCAUCCGAUACUUUGCUGUGGACUUGCAGAAUGCCAUUCAGUUUAUGGAAGCGAAUGUUUAUGAAAGAGUUCAAGAUUACUUGAUGCUCAUCGCAAGAACAGAAUUGCUCACAUGUACAGCGACACAGACUUCAUUCGGGAGAAUAAAGGAACAAGCUCAUCAGUUAAGUCGAGACUACAAUAUACAAUGUGUGUACCUAUACUAUCCAGUAUUAAAGCAACAUAUAACGUAUGACUUUGAACCUUGUGACAACGAUACAAUAGAGAAAAUAACAGCGGAGCACACAUCUGCUGUUGAAACAUUGAGAAGAGAGGCGAAACGAUGGGCCACAAGAAUAGCAAGGGAGAACAAUAAUAUCAGAGAAUCGACUCGUAAACUUCAAGUCUUCCAAGCUUUGCGAGAUUCUGGGCAAAAGAAUGACCCUAAUGAUCCGAAUGGACCAGAUCUGGAAACGAAAAUAGACGAGCUUCGACAAUCAAUAAGGAGAUCUGAGACUGCCAAAGUGAAAGCAGAAGCAAGAAUUGAAUGUUUGCGAGCAGGCGGAGUUAACGUAGAGGAAUGGAUGCAAGAAGUGGACAACCUGAGUGUUCAAGACCUGCCUCGGUCUGCCAGUUCCAUGUCUGUACACACCGAUGCUUCAGGAGCUGGGGAGCCUCCAGGGUCCGACUCUAUGUACGACAGUGACUACAACGACGCAAGUUCAGACCUAGUCGGAGCCGAGAGGGAGAAAUCUCAGGAGGAAGAGGUUGUUGAGCAGCCGGAGACGUCUGAAGUAGACGGAGAAUGGGCCAUGCUAGAGCAGGAGCGACAAAGGAUAGAGCAGCUUACAGCUGGCUGGGACGACCCGACGCAAGUAGACUGGGGUGCGGAGGAGUCUAGUGAAGUUACGACAGACACUGCGGAGACAGUUGUAGCCAACCCUGAUGCUACGGUCACUUACAAGUGCACUGCUCUAUACAACUACACUGCCCAAAACCCAGAUGAGUUAUCGAUAGUGGAGAACGAACAGUUGGAAGUGAUUGGAGAGGGAGACGGAGAUGGUUGGUUGAGAGCCAGGAACUACCGUGGCGAGGAGGGCUACGUACCCCACAACUACUUAGACGUGGAGCGUGAGACGGCAACCAACGGUAGUGCUCUGCAGAGCGGUGGCUCCACAUAUCAGCUGACCAGUCAGAUUUCAUUCUCCUCUGUGGACUACACGGUUGAUGAAGUGGAAGAGCCAAGCGAACAAAGCAUUCAGCAAGACACUGUGCGAGAAGUUCACAAACCUACACACAUCGAUAUCACUGGAGGCAAAGACCAGAGGACAUGGGCAAUAGCUCUGUACGAUUACGAAGCUACAUGUGAAGAUGAGAUCACAUUCAACGAAGGAGAGGUUCUGGAAAUUUUACGCAAGAUUGUGCAUGACAAUGUUGACGACGGAUGGUGGGAGGGGAAGAUCGGAGACCAAGUUGGACUUUUCCCUUCUCUCGUCGUAGAGGAGUGUAGAGAGAACGGGGAACCACUUACGCCUGAGGGGGAUGACACACCUCCAGGCUCUGCGCCACCUGUGUUCACACCACCUGAUAUUCCACCCUUCAUGCUGGCGCCUCAGUCUGUCAUAGUCACACAGCCCACACCAUGUGGAGACCAGCCUUCACUGGGGGAAUCAUCAGACAAAAAAUCGCCUCAAUCAUUCUCAAUGGCGAUGACCAGGAAUCAGCAGGACCAGUAUGAGUCACAGUUUGAUGGCGAUAUCCAGAUUGAAGUUACAGUGGACGAGGAGGAAUCAGAAAGCACAGCCAAGGUGAUAGUGGUUGAGCCGGGUGGGGGAGGUCGCCCACCCCCGCCUGCAGCAGCACCUGCGUCUGCGGGGCUCGGGGUGGCUCAGAUAGUCAUCACUGCCGCUACUCCUAUGAUGGAAGAGCCUGAGAAACCAUUUCCACCCCUGCCAGAAGAGGUUCAAGAACCAGAGGAACCUGAGAAGACCGCAGAAGAGGUUCCACCGGAAUAUUCAACGGCUUGUGAAGUAAAAGAAGUGAAAGAGAAGCUGCCACCAGUAGUGCCUGAAGAUCCAGACGACGACCAACCUACAGACUCAGCCCCCUUCCCCAUCAGCAGCAGUACAGGCAGUGAAGAAGACACUUACACGGGGCCUAGUACGGCUGACAACUCCCAGAGUCACUCGCACCCCGCCGCAGCCCCACCAGUGAUACCAGACGAGCUGGAACCACAUCAGCUGGCCCGGCUACAGGAUCUCAAGGAGUCUGACGCAUAAUUCCUACGUCAAUAAUCCUGCACAUACUUUCCACAUGUCAGUUCAGUUUUUGUUGUCAUUGAUCAUAAAGAGUCAGGUAAAUGGGAGUUUACAAGCUAAAAGUCAGCAUCCACUUGUUUGGUAGCUGCAUUGAAAAAAGCUUUGAAAAAAGUUGACUCUAUUAAUGACGUUACAAGCUUCUCACUCGCAUUUGAGCAAACCCGAUUGUAAUCUAAGUGUACUCACAGUUACUUGUGAAUAAGAGACAAGUUGGUCCUGAUGAUGUUAGAGGAAUUGGUUAUUGGCAGGGGUUGUAAUUUGUCUUCUAAAGCAAGUUAUUAAAAAACAUAAAAUAGAAAACGGAAAGAGUGGGUGUAACUGUGGGUAGGGCGUUGCGGUGUAUGGUGCAUCAAAUACAUUAUCAAAAGAGCUGAUUGUUUCUACUUGGCUACUAAGCGAGUGGAAAGUUUCAUGUAUACUCAACAACUAGCACACUCGCGGACUCACUGGUUUCUUACUCACUGACCUGUAGCUUGUAAACAUUCUCCGAACUUGAACCUUAAUAUUUACAUCUGGGUAGAUAGUGGUUACAGAGCUUGCCUUUUAAUAAAAUAUUGUAAGUUUGAGAGAAAAGAUUAAGUACCUAUUUUGUUGGUUCAAAGUUGGAUCUGGAUUACGCGUCAAUUCAUUAAAGAAUCAGCUGGUUUUAGCCUGCAACAAAGAUACAACAAUAAACUUUUUACAAUCGUAGUUUAUUCUAAUUUGUGUUAAAAUACACCUUACCAGCUUUUCCAUCUUAAAAAAAAAACAAGCAAUAAAUUUGAUUUUGAGUAACAGUCUACUCAUAAAAAGUUCCAGUAUACUAUAUAGUUUAAAAAAAUCAUCCUUUGUCAAAUAAUUUUACAAAUUUAUGUUUUGAAAGAUGCUUUUGCAAUGUGAGAUCCAAGUACCCAAGUAAGGCAUAUUUUGCCAAAUAUGAAUAAGAAUAUUAAUAACUAACUAUGAUUGUGAGUUAAGAGAUGAUGUAAUAGUACUUGUAAAGGUAAGAAAUAUAUUGAAUUGAAAAAAUUACACUUUAAAAGCUAAACUUUAACCAUACAAUUACUUUGUUACUACUGUGAUUUUUACAAGUUCAUCCCCAAUUAAUUAAAUAUGUGCUAAUUUCCACUGUCAUCUGCAAUGUCAUAUUAACAUUGUUAAAAGCAAAGGGAAUAUUCUUGUUUAGUUUGUCGAUAAAGCUAGUAGGUUUAUCAGUGUGGUUUUAACGCGUUGUAUGUAAUUGACCAGCAGAUUUAGGUUGUUUGAAUGUACUAUGUUAGUGAUGUUUAAAUAUUGUAACUGUUAUGUGAAUAUUUCUCAUCAGUUGUAUACUAAAUCAGACAAUUUGUUGAAAUAGUUUAUAACUUUAUAAAAUAUGAGACUUUAAGUUCCGAAUCAAUCUCUGUUAUUUGUUUUGAUCGUUUAUAGUAAUUAUACGUUUGGGUAAAUAUUCCUGUUUUAACAUCAUAACUUUACAUCUACAGUAAAAUUUUACUAGUAACUUUGUUGCAUUUUUUACAUUGAGGUUUGUUUUCUCCCGGGAAGUAAAACACUUCAACCUAUUCCGUGCAUUCAGUAUAUUUAAAGGACUUUAAUUUCCAUACUAUAAUGAAUAUAACCUUUAUGACAUUUGACUUAACCCCCUAAACGCUGUUUUUGCAACGGAUUUGUCAUAUUUUGGUUUGUGAACUUCAAACUCUGGUUGGAUUGAGUAUUAAAAGUUCCAAAACUAUUUUACAUCCAAAUUCAAAAAUAUUUUUGAAACUAUACUUCAGAGUUGACAAUGUCUAAUCAAUCCUAACAAUAUUUCUCAUAUCUGUGAAGUUGUUAGUUGAUGUUUAUGUAUUAUUAUGUAACAAUCUGUUGACUUUUAUCUUGUUAUACCUGUCUUUCAGCACAAAUACAUUGUUAAUUUUCUUGUUGUGAGAUACUUUACUAGUUGUUAUUCUAAAAACACUGAGUUUGUUUUUAUACCAACCCGAUCUGCACAGCAUCUGUACAUAAAUAAAUGGUAGAACGUUGGUAACUGAAUUGUAUUGUAAUUUGACAACAAUUUAUUAUUAAAUGGAAUUUUUAAUCUUAUAAACAUUUUUUGCUAAACACACUCAAGUAAAACAUUUUUCGUAUGUAAAUGCAAUUUGAAAAGAAUAUAAUUCCUUCAGUAACAGAUUUUUUUAUAAGGUAGAGUAAGUAAGUAAAUACAUUGUAAAGUUCAGUAUUUGUUUGAAUUUUACAAUGACUAAAUAAAUUGUUUUGUUACUCUCUGUAAAAAUACAGCAAUUAAUCGAAACUAGACAAUAUAACGUAAGUCAUUUUAUAACAAAAUGUUUUAGCUUAUGUUGAACAAAUACUGGUCUGGUCCGAUUGUAAGCUUGACCGAUGUUUUGGUGGUUUUCUAUUGUACGCUUGAGGCCUAAUGCUAUAGUCAAAUCGAUCCUGGUGUAAUUCUUCGUUUUAUCAUAUUGUACUAGAAGUUGAAUCUAUUCCGAAUAAACAUUACCUAGCGAAACUUUAUUGAAUUAUUUGUAAGUGUUUAUGUUUAUAUUUGUAAAUUGUAAAUAAUGUAAUUUGUAGGUAUCAAUCUGUCAAAAAAUAACUGUUACGUACUGCGGUUUUAAUGUAGUUUCAUUUUAAACAAUGAAUUUCUUAUAAAUCAACGAUAUUUAGGUUUUUUAUGUACAAAAUCGUCUACAAUAGACUAGUUAUGUUUCCAUUCACAGUACUAAGUAGCAAUAUGUUUUACUACUAUUUUCGAUAUGAGUUGUUACAGAAUUGUUUGGAUUUAACAUAAUCGAACACGUUGUUAGACGAUAUACUAGCCUGUAACUGUAAUGUAAGAUAUGUACAUAUCCAGUAAUGUAGGUUAUGUGUUUUGUGUUAAGUGUCUCCUGAGCAAGAGGUGCCUUCUCUCACUUCUCCUAGUUCUAUGUUACUGCUACGGUUGUAAUUGAAACUUGAUACUGUUGUUCCGGUUGAAACUGUGGUUGCAGUGUCCAAUACGGUUGAAACUGUGGCUGUAGUUGUUAAUACAUUUAAAACUGUGGUUGCAGUUGCCAAUGCAGUUGAAACUGUGGUUGCAGUUCCAUUUGCUGCUGCGGUUGCAGUUAAAGCUUUGAUUGCAGUUGAAACUGUGGUUGCAGUUCCAUUUGCUGCUGCGGUUGUAGUUAAAACUUUGAUUGCAGCUGCUGAUGCAGUUGAAACUGUUGUUACAAUAGCUAACUCGGUUGAAACUCUGUGGUUGCAGUUCUAAUCGCUGCUGCGGCUGCAAUUAAAACUGUGAUUGCAGUUGUAUAACGGUUGAAAUCGUACUUGCAGUUGCUGUUACAGUUGAAACUGUGGCUGUAUUUGUGAAUGCAGUUGAAACUGUUUGAAGUUGCAGCUACUGUUGAUGAGGUUGCUACCGUAGCAAUUAUAGUUGAUUAUGAGGAUAAAACUGUCGUUGAAGAUUUGCACCUGCAGUUUAAGUCACGUUUGUAACUACUGUUACAGCAGCUGCAAAUAUUCUUGUGGUUGCUUUGUUUUGCCAAGAUGCAUGGAAUGUAGGAGGAAGACCUGACUAAAUGAUGAUCACUCGGUCUGUUCCACCUCCCUUAUUCCAACUACUACUCCCUUAUUUUGCAACUACAGUUAAACCUCUGGUUGCUGAAGCAGCUACUAUUGUUGCAACUACAGUUUGUGACACGGUUGCAACUAAUGUUACAACUGCAAUUGCUGUUGCAGCACAGUGACAAUUAAUUGCAACACUUGACAAGUUAGCAAACAUUCUUAAACACUAUUGGUUACUAGCAGUAUUGGAUAGACUCGCUCUAUCUUUUCCUGGAUGGUUCUGAACAUCACAUUUCUACUUAUUUCUUAUCUCGAUUUCAAAAAUGUGAGUGUUAAGUGUUUAGCCCGGACACUGUGUAUACAUCUACACUAAUUGGUCUUUUGCCUCUCAAAUACUAUGACGAAAGAUUGUUAUGCUCUUUUGAGAAUUUUGUACAUUAAAAGUAUCCCACACUUUCUAAUUUUGUGAUUUCAUAAUAUUUUUCAGUUCAUAACAUGAGAUUAGUAUUUUUAUUCACUUUUUAUAACUUUAUUGCGUUAUUACCUGAUCCUUAUGUUUCCUUUAAGUUACAUAACAUUUAACUAAUAUUUCAAAGGUAAUUUUAUUUGUUUUUCAAAAUUUUGUUGCAAGAAAUAACUCAUUAUAAAAACCGUAUGAACUCUAAAAUAUGCUGUACAAUUUUUCAAUCUGAGCUUAAUUUUUGACCUGACCACGAUAUGAAUGACAACACAAAUUUUACAAUGAACAGACAGAUUUAAGUUUGUUGAAAUAUUCUUAAAGUGUGACAAAAUCCAAUUUGUUUACAAGUACUGAGUUCAAGAGACAAGCUCAUCAAGUACAAGAUUCAGCAGUGCUUUAGAAUUCAACUCCAUCAAGUAAUAAAUUGGUACACAAUUGUGGGGAUGACACAAUUAAUUGUAUAAAAUUAAAUCUUAAUAUCGUGAUCACUAGCCAAGUCCUAUCUUUAUGAUUUUAGUAACAUAUUUUGACAUCUAGGUAUAAGGAUUUACUUGUGGUAUAAACUGUUACGAUUGGUUUGACUUGUGUACAUGGAGUGCAGCCAACAGGUUUGAACUGCCUUGUUAAUGAUGGAACCUUUAUUUCUGUACGAGAUAUUUAUGUUCAAAAUUAAACUGGAGUCAAUAAUCAAACUGCUUUAUGGAGUAUGUCUGAAGCACUCUUUUAUCCAAUCCAAAAUUUAAAUGUGAUGUAAACGAUCAGGUGGUCGUUGAGAUGGUAGAGGAGGCCUCGUGCUAGCGCAUAGAGUGACUAACCUAGCUAAGCUUGGCAAUACCUUUAGUUCACCUUAGCAUACGGUACUCAGGUUCUAAAAUAUUUUCAUAUUGUUUCACAAACUGUUUUGUUGAUGUAAAAAUCCUAUACACAUGAGUUUUAUUUAUACCAAAGAUAUGUACGUACGGUACAGAAACAAUUUUGUAAUUCUGUUUUGGCGUAUGCCUUUAUUAAAGAAGUAUACUACA